AUGCUAGUGUUUGAGAUGCCUCUGUGCGGCGCUGUGUUGCAGUCUGUGAUGCAGCAGCCACCCACCCCUCAGCGGGCGACCCACCAGCCGCCGGCGCCGCCGUCUGGCGGCGGCGGCACCGGCCUGCUGGCUGCGCUGACCCUGCUGCUCGUGGCGUACACCAACUUCUCCCUGGCAGGCCUCCUGCUCCUGCUCGCCUUCCUGGCAUGGGGCGCCAUGGCUGCCACGGCGGAGCAGCAGACGGCCAAGAGGCUGUGGGCGGCCGUGUCAGGCCUGUCUGCUAUGGGCCUGCUGCUCCAGCUGGGCGUCCAGGCUGCCUUCCUGCUGGGUGCGCCGGGCCUGGGCGCCACCGCCCCCUUCCUCAAAGUGCUGGGGUUCCCGCACGCUGAAAGCCUGGCGGGCGUGCUGCUGGCGGUGGUGCCGAUGAUGCUGGUGCUGCUGGCAUCAGCGGCCCAGGUGCAGGCCGCGCGCGACAGCGGGCAGCAGCAGCGGCAGCGGCAGAGCGAGGGCACCGAGCUGCAGCCGCUCACCAGGCAGCAGCUGUGGCAGCGCGGUCUGCCGCGGGCCUUCCACGCGCCCAGCUACAGCCUGUCGGGCGCGGCUGUAGGCGCCGCCCUGCUGGCCGCCGCCAUCGCGCAACCGUCGGUGCUGGCGGCGCCAUACAUGCUGGCUGCCACGGCCGCCGUGUGGCGCUGGUCUGGCACCUCCAGCAGCCGGGGCGUGGGCGGCGGGCGCGGCAGGGCGCGGCGCAGGGCCCUGCUGCAAACCUACACGGCCGCCUACCUUGUGGCCCUGUACGCGUGGCAGGCGGUCCUGCACGGCUGGGCCCUGCUGCAGCCGCUGGCCGAGGUGCUGGGCCUCUUCACUCUGACCGCCGACGAAGACCAGGGCUGGCAGCAGCUGCUGCCCGCGGCAGUGCAGCUGGCGUCCCUGCUGCUGCUCUACCUCGCCCUGGGUGCAGCUCACGGCGGCGGCGCGCCGCGCGAGGCUGGCCCGGCGCCCGUUGACGCCUGGGAUGGCAGCCCGGCGGGAGAGCGCUCCCCGCUGCUGCAGGCCAGCCCUCGGCCGCCGCACGCGGUGGCACGCGCCGUCCAGGCAUCCAGCUGGCCUCAGCUGCUGUACCUGCUGCUGCUGGAGGCAGUGGAGCUUGUGUGCAGCCGGCCGGCCGCAGUGGCGGCAACACUGGCGUGCACCGCGCUGCUGCAGCCGUCGCUGCUGGGCGGCUGCAUGCUGCUGAUAGGACUGUCGGCGCUGCUGGCGCGCUGGGCUGCCUCCGCCUUGCAGCACGCCAGGCGGCCCCUGGCUGCCUUGCUGCUGGCCUGGCAGCUGGCCUGCUACGGCGCCACCGUUGCGGCACGGGUGAUGCAGCUGCCGCCAGUGGCAGAAGCCGUCGGCAUCCAUGCCUUUGGGGCGGCCGCCUGGCUGCCGCUGCUCAUCAUGCUGGUGGCGGCUGCGGCCACGGCCGGCCCUGCCACAGCCCCACGCGGCAGAGGCAGCCCGCUGAGCAGCAGCAACCUGCUGCUGCUGCAGCUGCAGGAGCAGCACCGGCAGCAAGUGCCGCCGCGCCUGCAGUCGCUGUUUGUGCGUAUGGGCAGCCUGCGCCCCGCCCGCAACAGCCCGGCAGUCAGCAGCACGGCAGGCCCCAGUGAACCCAUCUCACCCACGGCAGGCGCCGGCGGCGCUGCCGCGCUGCCUCCCGCCGCGCCCGACAGCCUGGGCGCCGCGGCUCCCUGGCUAGUGGCCUGGAACCUGCUGCUGCGGCUGCUCCACUACUGCGGCUUCCUGGCGGUGCCAGCCCUGCUGUUUGUGGUGGGCGCGGCGCAGUACGUUGUGCUGCACGGCCUGUACCUGGCUGGCCUACUGGCAUGGCUGGCAGGGAGGACGCUGCACCUCAAGCCCAGCCUCUCCACGGCCAUUCUAGACGGUACCGGCCACUGUCUGCUGCGCACCUACUCCAGCCUCCAUCUGGCAGCGGUGUAUGCAGCAUGCGUGGGCGGCCUGCCCGGCUUCUGCGCCAUCCUGCAGCCUGAAGGCCUGCAGCCUCUGCUGUCAGCCAUCGGCCUGUGGCAUCCCUCGGUGGCUGCCGGCAUGCUGCCAGUGCUGGCCUUGCUGCUGAUGGCCACCUUGCACGGCCACGUGGCGGCAGCCGUGCAUGGCACAGCCAGGGAGCAGUACUGCAGGCAAGGCCACACCGACGUGGAUGGCGUGUCCACCUGGCACCCCGCCGCCCUGGUGUACACCAGCCGCCUGGCAGUCGCCUACGGCCCUGCCUCCAUUGUUGCCCUGGGCUACUGCCUGCUGCUGCUGGAUUGCGACAUCGCCCUGCUGGGGCUGGGAUACCUGCUGCUGCUGGCGGCGCUGCUGCUCCACCAGCCGCCGCGCAGUCGCUGGCUCCCGCUCAUGCUGCUGGCAGCCUACGCGGCAUGCGACUUUGCGGCCCAAGCGCUGCUGCCGGCAGCGGCGGCGGCCGCCGCGGCAGGCUGGUUCGAGCUGCCGGAUGACAUCCUGGCGUUCCUGAGGGCGGUUGUGGGGCUGAGCGAGCAGGCCCAUGGCCUGCAGCUGGCGCUGCGCCUGCUGCGCCCGCUGCUGCUGCUGGCGGCCACCUCCACCUACCGCUGCUGCUACUGCCUGGGCACCCUGCACAAGCAGCUGCAGCACCAGGCCAUGCCGCAAGCUGUGCUGGCAGCCCACAGACUGCAUGCCCAGUUGGGAUGGAAGUCUCUGGGCAAGCGCCUGCUCAUCUUGCACGGCAGCAAGGCAGUGGGCUUGCUGGUCUUUGCUGCGGCAAUGCAGCACUCUGGGGCUGUGGGCUGGCUGCUCACAGCGGGGGUGGUGGCGCUGGCACCUCUGCUGGGCGCACCUCGCUCGGGCACCACCUGCCGGCAGCCGCUGCUGCGCGCUGGGCUGCAGAGCGCUGCGGCCGUGGCCGGGGCGUGGAUGGUUGCGCAGUAUGCGCUCUGUGUGCCCUGGCUGCAGGCCUUGUUGAUGCAGCUGUCUCCCAGCGCCCUGGACUGGGCUCAGUGGGCGGGGCUGCUGGUGCCGCCCGACCCCGGCCCCGACAGCGGCAGCGGCGCGGGGGAGUUGGAGCGCCUGCUGAGGGUCAAGUGCCUGCUGCUGGUGGCGGUCGCCCUCAAGACUCGGGCAUUCAGGUGGCAGAGCAAGCUGCCUCAGCAGCUGCGCUCCGCAGGCAGAUGCGGCUCCCCGUGCCCGCUCUUCUGGCCCACCUCGCCCACCUACCAGCCGCCGCCGCUCGAUGGCGCGCUGAGCCCGGGCACGCCAGGCCCCCACCAGCUGGGCGCCCUGUCCCUGCUGGGCUCCCUGCACAGGGCGGCCACCGCGGUCCUCAGCAGGGCGCAGCACACCACCCAGCAGGCGCUGCGCGCCAUAGAUUGGCCUGCCGGCCAGUCGAUAGCCGAGGAGGGUGCCGGUGAGGGCGCCGCCAUCCCAGAGCCAGCCACUCCCACGUCGCGCCUCGCCGCUGCGCCGGCGGCAGCGGAGCCGUCUGCCGCCGCGGCGCCCGCAUGCCGGGCCGCCGACAGCGACGCCUUUGUGGCUGCCGUGUACCGGCGGCGGCAGCAGUGGCGCCUGCUGCGCUUUGCUGCCCAGGACUGGGUGGAGCGGGCGUGGGAGGACUGGAGCCUGGACAUCUGCUGCCUCCUGCUGCUGCUGGCGGCAUUUGCGGCAGCCAACGCGCUGUCACUGGCCCACAUGGCCGCCAUCGCAGCCGGCAUGGCGCUUCCCAGCAGCAAGCAGCAGUGUGUGUGGCGGUGGCUGGUGGUCCCCAUGCUGGCCACCCUGCUGCUGUACCAGUAUGCGGUACUGAUGGGCCCGCCCCCCACCUGGCCUUGGGGCAUGCUGCUGGCGCUGUGGCUGGGCGGCGCCGCCAACCUGCCGCCCCUGGCCCCAGACGUCCAGGAGUGGCUGGGCCUGGGCGCCGUGGAUGCUGCCGCCCUGUGGCUGCUCUACCUCUCGUACGGCGCCUGCGUGCUUCACAUGCACUAUGCCAGCUGGGCACGGUGCGCACGCCAGCGCCAGCACCACCACCAGCAGGAAGCGGAGGGUGUCCUGGAGGAGGGGAGCCGGCAGUCGGACUCAGGCUCCCUCAGCCGGGCCAGCUCCUUUGAUGGCAUAGAGUCGGCGCAGCCGUCGCAGUCGGCCCCGCUGCUGCCCAGGGCCGACAGAUCGUCCGCGUCUGGCGGCCCCCGCCGGGAGGAGCAGCAGGAGCCGCCGCUGCCGUCGCCACGCCACACCACGCUGCAGGUCACCGUGUCCUCGCCGCCGGAGCCGGCAGGUGGCGCCCCCGCCAGCGACGCGCCGCUGCUGUGGCAGCCGCUGGCGCUGCCCGCCCAGAAGCAGUGGGCCUGGCACGACUGGGCCCGAUACAUGGUGUACAGGCACUACCUGGAUUUCCUGCUGGUGUGCGUGGUGGCGUUCCUCUUCUGGUGGCUGCCCCUGUUCAACUUCCUGGUGAUGGUGCUCACGCUCGUGUACCAGGCGCCGCUGCAGCUGCUGCUGCCACCGCGCCACCCAGACCCCGCCUUCAAGGCCUGCUCCUGGGCCCACAUCCUGGGCCUGUUCCGGCUGGACCCUGGGGAGAGCCUGCUGAGCCUGGGGUACCGCGGGGCCAUGGCAGACGUGCUGCUGUGGGCCUUCAUCCGCCUGCAGACCCACAUCUUUGCCAGCGGCACGUACGACAGGGUGAUUGCUGUGGUGCAGCAGGAGGAGCAGGAGGAGAAGCGAGAUCUGGAGGAGCAGGUGGCCGGCUGGAAGCAGAAGCAGGCGGCGGCCGCCGUGGAGGAGAGCCAGCAGCGCGCGGCGAGGCGGCAGCGGGUGGAGCGCCUCAAGGCGGCCGCCACCGGCAGCUUUGCGGCGGGUGUGGACACUGUGCAGCAGCUCUACGCCUUCCUGGUGCCGCAGCACCGCCAGCAGGCGCCACAGCCGGCCGAGGCGGGGCCAGCCCAGGCAGCGCCGCCGCCGCCGCCCUCGGUGCCGCACGCUGUCAGCAGCGCGGGGCUCACCGAGUACGAGCGAGAGAUGCUGGCAGCCAACAGCGUGGCAGGGGCGGAGCCGCAGCAGCCUGGCGCGCAGGCGUCCUCGGCGCCUGCCACCCCCGGAGCCGCCGGCGUCGCUGCGGCUGCCGCGGCCGCUGCGGCGGGGCAAGGGCGCCACGUCGGCGGCAGGCUGAGGGCCUGGGUGCGCCACAACCUUAGGCGCGCCGACCGCAACUCGUACGUCUGCUACAUCCUCUUCUGCAUCGCAUUCCUCUCCGACUGCUCCCUGCUCACCCUGGCCAUGCCGCUGUCAGCCUUUGCCUACGCCCUGGUCUCCAUCAAGCCCAGCGGCACCUACUGGCAGAUGAUACUGGUGUACUGCGAGGCCAUCAUUGUCACCCAGUACGCCUUCAUGGUACCGGAGCAGCUGCGCUGCGACUUCAUCUCGCCCAUCGUCCAGCACAACGCCGAUGUGCUGGGCAUCCACGGCGACCCGCUGCGAGCGCUGCCCAUCUUCCUCGUCUACCUGGCCACCCUAAAGCACCACUACAGGCAAGCUCCCGGCUGCGGACAUGCGGCAGCAGCGGCGGCGGCGGCCACCACCUCCCAGACAGACCUGGAGGCGGGACCGGUGGCAAACGGCGAUGCAGGGGCCCAGGGGGGCAGGGCGGCCAGGGCCGGCGUGCGCCAGGACAGCAGCAGGCAGUACCUGGGAGAGACGCUGGGCAGUACCGUGAGCAGCAGCCUGCAGCGAAUAGGCCUGGGGCUGCUGGAAGGGUCCACCACGGCCUGGGAGUUCCUGCUGCGCUGUUGCACGGUGUCAGAGCGGCCGCCCCACUUCCUGCUGGUGACCGUGGCGGUGCCGCCCUCGCCAGCACCAGCGGAUGCCGGCUUGCAGGCGCCAUCGCACGGCAGCAGGGAGGAGCAGCUGCGAGGGCAGCAGAUGCAGGAGCACCUGCAGCAGAUCCUGGAUGGCUGCCGCCGCACCGACAUUGCGGCCGCCAGGGAGCGCCAGGAGCGGCAGAGGCUGCUGAACUUUGGGUUUGGAGGCGGCGCUGGGGAGCAGGCAGAGCUGUCCUCGCGAGCUUCUAUUUAUGAGGCCCCGCUGACUUUUGAGGCACCGGCAACAGCCUCCGGCCAGCACGCCAGCCGAGGCAGCGCCGCAGCGACCGCGUUUCCGGGGCAGCAGCCUCUGAGGGUGGCUCAGUCCACCGGCGUCGUCGACAUGCUGGGCAGCAGGCAGGCGACCUACCCAGACCUCAGCACAGUGGGGCCGCUGCAGCUGUCCUUCAUCUCAUUUGUGGCGGCGCCUGGCGGCUCCGAGGCGCCAGCCCAGUUGACGUCAGCCACCAGCCAGGGCAGCAGCAUGGGCGAGGGCUCAGGGGGCAGCCCCGGCGCGGCCGGCGCCCCAGGCGGCGACGGCACCGCGACCGCGCUGUUUGAGGUGGUGGCCGUGAAAAGCACCCCCGACAACAGCAGCGGCUGGUGCAGCGUGGCGGGGUGGCCCCUCAGGAGCCUGAACCCCGCGCGCCACGCCGCCGCCACCCUGCUGCGCUACCAGCAGGCCACGCGCGGCCUGCCACUGGUGCCGCAGCAGCAGAGCCCCUCGGCGGCCGCCCAGCUGGAUCUGGACAUACUGGAUGCCGAGUAUCACAGCAGGCAGCCGCAGGACUGGUAUGCCGCCACCACGGCGCUGGACUUUGGCGCGUGGGUGUACGUGGUUCUGCAGUACAAUGCGGUGGUCACCUCCGCCCGCAGCCUGUCAGGCGAGCGAGGGGGCAGGGGGGUGGGCCGCCUGGCCUGGGAGGCCGGCCUGCGGGCGGCAUGCCCGGCGAGCAUGCGGGCCUGCGAGAUCACCAGCGAGCAUGUGGUGCCCCUGGACUACCUGCUCACCGUCAUGCUGCUCUUCAUGCUGCUGGUGGCGGAGCGCGUGUUUUACACAGUGGGCAGCCCGCUGGGCAAGGCGCUGCUGCACCUUGGGGAGAUGGUGAUGUACACAUGGUACUGCCUGGUCCUGUUCUGGAGCCCCCUCACCUCCUCAGGCGCGCGCACCCACCUGCGCAUCCUGCUGGCGCUCAAGUGCGCCUCCUUCGCACUGGGGGCGCUGCAGCUGAGGAGCGGCUACCCGCCGCGCGCCGACUCCAGCAACGGCAUGGGGCGGCACACCUUUUGGUUCAUGCGCCGCGUCACCACCGCCCGCGCCGUCGCCUUCAACGUCUUCCUGGCCCUGCCCUUUGUGUACGAGCUGCGCCAGCUGCUGGACUGGGCCCUCACACCCACCACGCUCACCUUGUUCGACUGGCUGAAGCUGGAGGAGAUCAACGUCAGCCUCUUCUUCGUCACAUGGAACCGCAAGCUGCGGGCAACCAAACGGCUGGGCGACCGUCAGCCGCGCUACGCCAAGUUCCUGCAGGGCACGCUUCUGUUUGCGGGCCUGCUGCUGCUGCUGUGGGUGCCGCUGCUGCUGUUCAGCAGCGGCGCCCCCACCUACACCGUCCCGGCAGUGACGGCAUUCAGCACCAAUGCCACGCUGUCCACCUCGGAUGCCGCCAGCCCGCCGGCCACCCGCGCCGGUGCCGUGCGGCGCUUCAGGCACCUGGCCGCCGCGACGGCUGCCGCGGCCGGCCUGGCAGCAGAGGCGGGUGUGGCGGCAGCCGCAUCGGCAGAGUUCCCGGCGUUUGACGGCGGGCGGCGGCGCCAGCGCCAGCAGUGGCUCCCCUACGACGCAGGCAUGCCCGAUGAGCUGGCCACCUACUCUGCGCAGCAGUUCCAGCUGCUCUGCACGUCAGCGGAUGCCGACCGCUACUGGGACAUCACCCCUCCAGCUCAGCAGGAGCUGCAGCAGGCGUUGGUGGCAGGCGGGGAGGGCGAGCCCGCAGGCGGUGGCGUCAGCCUCAGCCUGGGGUGGACCAUCCAGCGCAACCUGCCCCCGCCGUCCGAUCACGGCAAGCUGCCUGCUGGGGGCAGCCUGGUCAUCCCGCUGGCGCCCUCCUGCCAGCAGCAGCUGGCGGCGGUACUGAACGGUACUGCGGAGUCGGCGCAGCUGCUGCGGUCAGAUCCCAGCGGCGGCGGCGGCGGCAGCAGCCAGGCGGCCCUCUACCCGCUGGUGUGGAUGAUGCGCGGCGAUGUGUGCACCAGCCGCCCGCUGAGGCUGGGGGACGUGCCCGGCGGCGCCGCCGCUGGCGCCAGCUUCGACUGGGCCUCUCGCUGGGUGGCCUGCAAUGCCUCGCUGCUGCCGCCGCCGGAGCCAGCCCCGCCGGAGCCAGAGCCCCCAGAGCCGGCCCCCGAGCCCCCCAGCCCCGACACGCUGGGUGGGCCGCAUCUGAGCAGCAGCAGCAGCAGUGGCGCUGCUGCCUCCGCGCGACAGCGCCGCCGCCUGGCUGCGGUCGGCGACCGGGCCGGGGCGCUGGGCGACGGCGCCAGCCUGGCCAGCUGGUGGCACCUGGAGUGCUGGAUUGUCAAUGCCAGCGGGUCGCCCAUUCAGCCGGGGGAGGAGGUGCAGGAGGCUGAGUGUGGAGCCACGUUUGGCGGCCCCAGGCUGGUGGCGGUGCUGGAGCGGGUGCAGGGCGGCAUCAUUGGGCAGACCCUCAGCAAGUAUGGCAUCGCCGGCCUCUUCUCCAUCGUGGUCCUCUCCGUAGGCCGCUUUUUGCGGCUAAGCCUGAGCAACAUGCGGGCAAAGAUACCUUUUGAGGACCUGCCCAACACCCGCAGGCUGGUGGGCCUGUGCCAGGACAUUUACAUAGCGCGUGCCGAGGGCGAGCUGGCGCUGGAGGAGCAGCUGUACUGGAGCCUGGUCAACAUCUAUCGCUUGCCUUCGGUCCUGUUCGAGCUGACCAAGAAGCCUCAGUAG